UUUUUUCUUUUUUUUUUUUGUUUUCUGUGUCCAACUUUUUUGUCGACAAAUGUCCCAGCCGUACCAAAAUUUCAUAUCCCCAUUGGACUCGCUCAUCUUUGAUGUAGCAGUGGAUCCCUUCCAGACUGAACAGGAAGCAGCAGAAGAUCUGGCCUUAUGGACCAAUGCUCAAUUCACCUUUGAUGUUAAACCCGGUGUUGGCAUUUACGACGAAGAUAAACCCUGCAAUAGCAGUACUGCUCCUUCUUCCAGCUCGACUCCCUUCGUUCCAUCAGCAAACCAAUUCGAUAACGACUUGGAACCCAUUACCUACGAAAAACUCGUAAACUAUCUCGAUUAUGAACUUCCCCAACAACAACAACAGAAGCACCAACAACGGCAGCAACAGCAGCAAACACCACGACCACAAAUACCUUUUGUAGAGUCAGCGCCUGUUCGUCCUCUUGCUCCUUCGCUGAGUCAGCCAACUGGUUCCCGCCAAUUGCUGCCCAAACCUCCUGUGCUUGAUGCCUCUCAGUUGGCCUCAUUGCUGACUCAGCCGACCGCAGUCACACCUCAACGCAAGAAAUCCACACAGACCGCAUCGAAACGAUCACGUCCCACCGAAGAAAAAGACGACGAAUCUGUUGCUGCUGAGGAAGAUAAGCGUCGUCGCAACACAGCAGCCAGCGCUCGGUUCCGUGUAAAGAAGAAGAUGCGCGAGCAAGCUAUGGAGCAAACUGUCCGUGAUAUGACAAGCAAAGCAGAAGCGUUGCAAAACCGUGUUAACGAGCUGGAGCUCGAGGUCAAGUGGUUACGCAAUCUUUUAACAGAAAAAGAAACUCCUGCAGCACAUUCAUCGUCUUAAAAAAACGCUUUCCCUUUGCCCAUGCCAUGCUUUUACCUAUCCUCUGUCAUCUUUUUUACUUUUGCCUAUGUACAAUAUUCCUUUUUUUCAAGCCUUUUUUUAUUAUUAGCUUGUUCUUUCUUUUUUAUCCAAUGACGAUGAUGAAUGAAUUGUUUAUCCUGAAGCGUUAUAUUUUUUUUUUACUUGAUAUGACAAAAUAAAAACCGCCACUGUGAUUUGUCUACUCGAUAGGUCGACUUCACAUGUCACACACACAAGGCAAUUCAAAAGAGGCAACGAG